AUGGCAGGACGAAUAAAGCAGUACAUGCCCUGGCUUCUUUCUUCUAAGCUGCUGCUGCUGCUGCUGGCAUGUUCUGUGGUUGUUGCAGCUUUUGUGUUUCAGAUAACAGAAUUCAACAAUGAGCUUCGGAUCCUGCUUAUCGGAAAGACGGGUGUGGGCAAAAGUGCAACAGGAAACACCAUCCUUGGAAAAAAGUCUUUUGAAUCAAAGACAUCCUCUUCUUCUGUUACCACACAGUGUGAGAAAGCCAGUGGAAGCGUACAUGGCAGAAAGGUGUUUGUUAUUGACUCUCCAGGCCUGUUUGACAAUCAGUUAUCUGCAGAUGAGGUGGUUAAUCGGAUUAAACUGUGCAUCCCAUUCUCUGCUCCAGGACCUCAUGUCCUUUUAGUUGUGAUCAGCAUAGGUAGAUUUACACAGGAAGAAGAAGACACAGUUAAGAUGUUUCAAGCAAUUUUUGGGGAAAAGUCAUUCAGUUACACUAUGGCUCUCUUCACUCACGGAGAUCAACUGAAGGGGGAAGAUGUUCAUCAAUUUGUACACAACAGUCCAAAGCUUUUGAAUUUCAUCAAGAAAUGCAAAGGUGGAUACCAUGUGUUCAAUAAUGAAGAUCAAAAUCCAGAACAAGUCAUCCAGCUCCUGGACCAAAUUGAUAAGAUGGUAACGGUAAAUGGUGGAGAACAUUGCACUACAAAGAUUCUUCAGGAAGCCGAGAGAGCGAUAGAAGCAGAGAAACAACGCAUCCUGAAAGAGAAUGAAGGGCAGAGACAGAAGAAGAUAGAAGAGCUGAGGAAGAAGUUUAAAGGGGAAGAAUUUGAGAGAGAAAAAAGGAAAGCUCAGGAGGAACAUGAGAGACAGGCAAGAUGGAAAGCUGAGAGAAGCUCCUCACUGUUUGAAUGGACAUACGAUGCAUGCGCUGGUGAGAAAUAUGAAGAUGCAGUGACCGGCAUGAUGGCAGGGGACAGUGAUGAUGAGGAAGAGGUAGAGGAAGCAGCUAACAUCUACACUGUCCCAGCAGGGGCAGAUUUCCUCAUGUGUUACUCUGUAGCAGAGGUCUGGAAAUAA